UUCAUAAUUAGUGUUACAGCGAACAGGUGACAGACGAUGACGCUAUAAAGGCCCCGGCUUAUUUGCCUCCGGGCGCAGUCGCUGGAGGUGGCGUGAACGAGAUACCGAACCGGUCGGAAAGGAAUUUUUACAGGUACAGCAAUAAAUCAUGUGCGACGAAGACGCAUGCGCCCUUGUCUGUGACAACGGCUCUGGAAUGGUGAAGGCCGGAUUCGGUGGUGACGACGCCCCUCGAUGCGUCUUCCCCUCCAUCGUCGGCCGCCCUCGUCACCAGGGAGUCAUGGUGGGCAUGGGCAACAAGGACGCUUACGUAGGCGACGAAGCCCAGAGCAAGAGAGGUAUCCUCACCCUCAAGUACCCCAUCGAGCACGGCAUCAUCACCAACUGGGACGAUAUGGAGAAAGUUUGGCAUCACACUUUCUACAACGAGCUUCGCGUUGCCCCUGAGGAAUCCCCAGUCCUGCUCACGGAAGCGCCCCUGAAUCCCAAGGCCAACCGUGAAAAGAUGACUCAGAUCAUGUUCGAGUCGUUCAACACCCCUGCUAUGUACGUGGCCAUCCAGGCCGUGCUUUCCCUCUACGCCUCUGGCCGUACCACUGGCAUCGUGCUCGACACUGGCGAUGGUGUGACCCAUACUGUCCCCAUCUACGAAGGUUACGCUCUUCCCCACGCUAUCCUCCGUCUGGACUUGGCUGGCCGUGACUUGACCGCUUACCUAAUGAAGAUCCUGACGGAAAGGGGCUACUCCUUCACAACCACGGCCGAGCGUGAGAUAGUCAGAGACAUCAAGGAGAAGCUUUGCUACGUCGCCCUCGACUUUGAGGGCGAGAUGGCAAUGGCGGCUACGUCCUCCUCCACCAUGGAAAAAUCCUACGAACUUCCCGACGGUCAGGUCAUCACCAUCGGCAACGAGAGGUUCCGGGCGCCUGAGGCCCUCUUCCAGCCUUCGCUCUUGGGCAUGGAAUCCGUCGGCAUCCACGAGACCGUCUACAACUCCAUCAUGAGGUGCGACAUCGACAUACGGAAGGACCUCUUUGCCAACACCGUCAUGUCCGGUGGUACCACCAUGUACCCCGGUAUCGCUGACAGGAUGCAGAAGGAAAUCACUUCUCUCGCUCCUGCUACCAUCAAGAUCAAGAUCAUCGCUCCCCCUGAGAGGAAGUACUCCGUCUGGAUCGGCGGCUCCAUCUUAUCCUCCCUUUCGACUUUCCAGGCCAUGUGGGUCACUAAGGAAGAGUACGACGAAUCCGGACCUGGAAUUGUGCACCGCAAAUGCUUCUAAUUAUAAAGAUGUUCAUCAACAAUUCAUUUUAAAAAGAUAAUUCUGUAUCGUUUCUUUCAUUUACAGCUGUUGACGUGACAGGUCUUCGGUUUUACAUAUCAGUACCUUUUAGCCUUUCAAGUUUUACUUUAUAUCUUUAUACUUUUUAACUUUUUAUAAUUUACAAUUCCAGCUUAGCCUUUCAAGUACAAUUAUUCUUUUAUUAUGUUAAGUAUUUUUAUAGUUCACCAUUAGCGCAAAGCAAUUGAAAAGGCAGUGUGAUCUUUAUACAUUUUACAAAAUAUCAGUUAGUACUUCAUACGCUAUUUUCAUUAAACUAAGCUUUCUGUUAGUUUUUGCUAUCGAUUCCUUGCUACUGUGAAGGUUAGCACAAGCAUACAUAAGUGUUAUAUCAUUUGGCCGCUAAUUGUAUCUUUCUCUAUACUCUUCUGUUAAUGUUAGAACUUGUUUUCGUUAUCUUUCUUCAGUGUAUCUAAUAAAUUUGUUCAUGUCCACGUCGCCAUUUCUCUAUAAAUGUCCGACAAUGCAGAACUUAACCAAACCUAACCAUGUUUUUUUUUUUUUUUUUGGCAAAUUUUUAACUAAAGUUUAAACUUCUUGCUGACACUUUGCGGAUAAAGAACUGAAUUACGAUUCAACCUCACGGUUUUUUUUCGGUUCUGUUGAGGAGAGAACAAAGUACCCAUGACAGUGUUCUUAAACAGAGGGAGAAAUGUGACCAAUUUUGUUGAUGUCAAUAAAAAAUUGUUCUUAA